UUGCACACUGAAUCGAGAAGAAACGAAUGGCUUAAUCGUGACGCAGCGUUCGAAAUUCCAUAAAAUUGUUUACGAAACGUCACAUCGAAAUGCUUCGUUUACACUUUCCUUGUAUAAAAUAUUCGAGUCCGCUGCGUUUUCCUUCGGACAAUCGCAAAUAGUUCUACCUUUUCAUUUUCUGUAAACUAUUUAAUAAAAGACUCGCAUAAAACUGUACUAACCAAAAAGGGGGAUUAUAGCCAUUGUCUUUGCACAUUUAUCGAAAAUUCGACAUCAAAUGUUCAUCAUGUCAAGCAAAGAAUAUGACAGUGAGAUGGAUUAUUCCGACUCUGAUUGCGGAGAUCCAGGCUAUGAAGACUAUUACAAUGUUCAACCGUGGGGUGGUGAAGUUGACAAUGACAUAGAUCCUGAUCAAAAUAGAAGGGAUCCAGAAUAUGCUAUAUACGAUUGCUUACAAGUUGAAGAAGUGGAAAGACUUUUAAACGAAAAUGUUGAAGUGUUAAGUAAUAGUCUUCAUAUAACACCAUCGUUAGCCAAAGUUUUAUUACACGCACACAAUUGGGCAUUACAAGAUAUCAUCGUAAAGUACAGAACCAAUGCUUCCAGUUUGUUAAUUGAUUCAAAAAUAAAACCAAUGCAUCCUUCGGAUUCAGUGCCGGGAUUAAAAGGUCAAAGGGGUGGAUUGUGUUUAGUUUGUGUUACAGUUUAUCCUGCUGAUAAACUAAUGUUUUCCACAUUAACAUGUGGUCAUUCAUUUUGUAAAGACUGUUGGUGUAUGCAUUUUGAAGUACAAAUAACUCAAGGUAUUUCUACAGGAAUAAGCUGUAUGGCACAGGAUUGUGAUGUGUUAGCUCCUGAAGAUUUUGUUUUAUCUUUACUUACAAAGCCUAACAUGAAAGAAAGGUAUCAACAAUUUGCUUUCUGUGAUUACGUGAAAUCUCAUCCACAACUAAGAUUUUGUCCUGGACCCAACUGCCAAAUAGUUUUGCGUUCAAAGGAACAACGAGCCAAAAGAGUUAUAUGUACAUCAUGUAAAACUAUAUUUUGCUUGAGAUGCGGUAUGGACUAUCAUGCACCUACUGACUGCAAUACAAUUAAGAAAUGGUUAACAAAGUGUGCAGAUGACUCAGAGACAGCUAAUUAUAUUAGCGCUCACACCAAAGAUUGUCCAAAAUGCCAUAUUUGCAUAGAGAAGAAUGGUGGUUGCAAUCAUAUGCAAUGUUAUAACUGUAAGCAUGACUUUUGUUGGAUGUGCCUUGGAGAUUGGAAAGCGCAUGGAACUGAGUACUAUGAAUGCUCCCGCUACAAAGAAAAUCCUAACAUUGUUCAUGCAAGUAUUCAUGCACAGGCUCGAGAAGCUCUUAAAAAGUAUCUUCAUUAUUACGAAAGGUGGGAGAAUCAUAGUAAAUCAUUGAAGUUGGAAGAGCAAACAUUGAAGGGAAUAAAAAUGCGGAUAAAUAAAAAAGUGAUGAACGCAAGUGGAACUUGGAUUGAUUGGCAGCAUUUGUUCGAAGCUGCCUCACUUUUGGCACGCUGCCGUUACACUUUGCAGUACACUUAUCCCUAUGCUUACUAUAUGGAACCUGGACCGCGUAAAGAAUUGUUCGAGUACCAGCAAGCUCAACUGGAAGCAGAAAUAGAAAACUUGUCUUGGAAGAUAGAGCACGCGGAAACGACGGAUCGCGGAGAUAUAGAAAAUCAAAUGGACAUUGCUGAGAAGCGUCGUGUCACUUUGUUAAAGGACUUCCUCGAGGUGCCAAACUUGUAAAGCGAUUGCCGUUUAGUUUUUGAAGCGACUACUCAUAUAUUCCAAGAAAUAAUAUUUUCUAUAUAGUACGUACUAGGUAACUAUUCGACAUUAAGAAGACAGGACGCAGGACAUAGAACAAAAAGUUUUAAAAACUAGAAAGAAGAAAGAUAACGUUUCCCAGAAUUCAAUAACUUUUUUUUUCCCCCUGUUAAAUUGUAGCGUUUAACAGAGAGAUUCGUCUACCUAUAUCGUAAAUAACAUUUUCAAAAUGAAAUGUUAGGAACUUCAAUGAUCUAAAGAAAGAAAAAAAAAAUGUCUCGAUUUACUUCUAAUUGAUAUGCUGACUUAUUUAUGUAAUAAUACAUAAUGUAAAACUCCAUUGGUGCAUGAAAAGAAAUUAGUAUCAAAGAGAGAAGGAGAAUAGGAGAAUAGGAAAGUAUUAAUUGUACCGACUGACUGUUAAAAUUUGUUGUAUAGUGUAUAUUAAUUUCCUAGUCUAAGAGUAUUUCCGGAGAUAUUGUAAACGAUGCAGCGCUUUCCUCGAAAUUCGACAUUCAGGAAUUAAUUUUAUCGACGCUUAUACCGCAAUGUCCGCCAACCGAACACAGUGACAAUUUUGAAUGUGCGAAUACUUCAAAUACGGUGUACCUUCGAACGAUUAUCACUUUCGAAUAACGGGUGUUCGAUGGAUUUUCAUUUUUUAAUUAACAUUUUCUUUUCAAGUAUUGCUGCUAUUUAAGAUACGUUUUAGUACUGGCAACGUAUAAAACAGACGAGUAAAUGGAAACAGAUAGCCUAACAAAUAAUUAGGUACCGAUAAGUUGGUACCUUUUGCCGUGUAAAUAUUGUGGUAAUAUAAAAGGAUGUGACGUUUUCUAUAAUUAGUGUGUAAGAUGUAUGCAACGAUCCAAGACAUCUGCGACGAACGUAGCCGUAAUCGAGCAUUAAUUCUUUGUAAACUAUUUAAACACGAUACGUUAGAAUAGGGAUGAUAUUCUACGAGAGAAC